AUGUCCGAAUCGCCCAGUCCCGACGACGCACUCUCCACCCUCUUCAACUCCCCCUUCAAUUCAUAUCUCCACACCACCUACGCGCUCUCCCCCUGCGAAAUCGCCCCAAUCAACACGCUACUAACCUCACAGCUCGCCUGGCUCGAUGGCGAAAUCAAGAACGCAUGGGCGGCGCUCGAGUCCAAGCUAGGAUCCUCGUUCAACGGGAUCGCCUGA